AUGCAGUCCCAGGCCGAUCUACAGGACAUCCCCAACAACUUCCCUGGAAUUCCACCUUUCCCAGAUGAUGUCUCUACAGCACCCCUUCUUCGACUAUCGUCGGGAAAGCUGUUAGCAGGUGACCCAACAGAGCACGAAAGACUGUUCCAAGCAUCAACCGACAUUGGGUUCUUCUAUCUCGAUCUAUCAGACUCAGAGCAAGGCUCAUCUCUCCUCGGUGACGCAGAUAAUCUGUUCCAAGUCGGCGAGAGACUAUUUGAGCUGAGCAUCGAGGAGAAAAAACAGUAUGAUUUCAGCGGACAGAACUCAUACUUUGGAUAUAAAGCGCAGGGAGCUGCGGUGGUUGACAAGCAGGGGAAUCUGGAUCGGAACGAGUUCUACAAUGUUUCCAAAGACGAUAUUUUAGGAGUCAGUGAUCCCCUACCAGCCCCAGAGACUCUGCAUAAAAGCCGAGCCCGGCUGGGAUCAUUCAUGCGCGGGUCACAUGCAGUCGUAACCCUAAUCCUGGACAUCCUGAACGACCAACUUGCCCUACCAAAAGACACACUCUCCAAUCUACACCGACAACACGCCGUAAACGGCGAUCAGGUGCGGUUUAUCAAAGCCCCACCACAGCCAGUAGACGACAGACGUACCGCGAUGGGCCAACACACAGACUUUGGAAGCGUGACGGUUCUGUUCAACCGACUGGGGGGACUACAAGUGCUACCGCCCGGUGCUGAUGCCGAAUGGAUCUAUGUCAGACCACUUCCUGGUCAUGCUAUUGUCAACCUUGGGGACGCAAUGGUCAAGUUUACGAAUGGGCUGUUCCGGUCGAACAUUCACCGAGUUGUGGCACCGCCGGGACUGCAGGCUGAGUCGACGCGGUACAGUCUUGUGUACUUUGCACGACCCGAGGAUAGUGUGAUGUUGCGUCGGUUGGAGGGAUCUGAUCGGAUUCCUGUUAUGGAGGAUGGUCAGACCGAAGAGGAGAUUAAUAGCAAGGACUGGAUUAUUCGGCGGGCUUUGGGUCGUCGGGUGGAUCGUGUUAAUGAGGUUGAUUUUGAGAAGUCUGCAGGGACCGAGCAACUAAGUCGGAGGAUCAAGGUUUAG